AUGGACAUGGACAAACGGAUUCAUUUAGAGCUGCGGAACAGGACGCCCUCUGAUGUGAAAGAGCUUGUCCUGGACAACUGCCGGUCGAUUGAAGGCAAAAUCGAAGGCCUCACAGAUGAAUUUGAGGAACUGGAGUUCUUAAGUACAAUCAACGUAGGCCUCACCUCAGUCGCAAACUUACCAAAGUUAAACAAACUUAAGAAGCUUGAACUAAGCGAUAACAGAAUCUCAGGGGGCCUGGAAGUAUUGGCAGAAAAGUGUCCGAACCUCACGCAUCUAAAUUUAAGUGGCAACAAAAUUAAAGACCUCAGCACAAUAGAGCCACUGAAAAAGUUAGAAAACCUCAAGAGCUUAGACCUUUUCAAUUGUGAGGUAACCAACCUGAACGACUACCGAGAAAACGUGUUCAAGCUCCUCCCGCAGCUCACGUAUCUCGAUGGCUACGACCGGGACGACAAGGAGGCCCCCGACUCGGACGCCGAGGGCUACGUGGAGGGCCUGGAUGACGACGAGGAGGACGAGGAUGAAGAAGAAUAUGAUGAAGAUGCUCAGGUAGUGGAAGACGAGGAGGAUGAAGAGGAGGAGGAAGAAGGAGAAGAGGAGGAUGUGAGCGGAGAAGAGGAGGAGGAUGAAGAGGGUUAUAACGACGGGGAAGUAGACGAUGAGGAAGAUGAAGAAGAUGUUGGUGAAGAAGAAAGGGGUCAGAAGCGAAAACGAGAACCUGAAGAUGAGGGAGAAGACGAUGACUAAGUGGAAUAACCCUAUUUUGAAAAAUUCCUAUUGUGAUUUGACUGUUUUUACCCAUUACCCCCCCUGAAAUCCCGCCCCCCGAAACUUAUUUUUUCUGAUUGUAACGUUGCUGUGGGAACGAGAGGGGAAAAGUGUACUGGGGGUUGUGGGGGGAGGGAGGGCGGGAGGGGGUGGAAUAAAAUACUAUUUUUACUGCC